AUGUUGCUCGAGUGUCAGGACGUCGUAAGCAAGAGCUACUCGCGUCCGUUCAAUGCUCAGUCGUUAUUAAUGAGACGAAUUUCUGAUCCCCCACGUCGAUCAGUCAGUGGCUUCCGAUCCAAUACUGACACCCACUCGUGGCUGCAACGCGCUCAUAUUCAACGAGACGAGGCCGAGCCGACUAGACGAGCUACGAAAGAAUGGAAAAAUAGGAAUUUGCAGCCAUUCAAGACACGAUCGUCUGCUUCUGCUAUGGUUUUAGCUCGUAAAUGCAAACGAAAUGAAGAGCGCAAGCUUUUAAAUGGCAAGAAACAGUCGAUGGACUGUCGUGAUGGCAGCGAGAACAAUCGUGGUGACGAGGAACGAGAGAGUUUGGACAUGGAGGAACAACUUGCAGCUUUUGUAGAAUAUGAUGCAACGGAUAUGGACAAUUUGGAGAUUAAUCCAAGCCAAGAUUUUGACGGAGAUGAAGAGGAAGAUGCAGCAACUCAAGUUUCUCAACAUAUGCAGUCGAGUAGCUGGAAAGAUGUCACGGAUGUGGACCAGUAUCAGGAGGAAGCUUCUGAAUGUUUUGAUAACGUUAUUUAUGCCUUUCAGUCCGCCUCAAUCCCUCGCGCUGGCAGCACAUAUAGUCAAGAAAAACGUGAUUUUUCUCAUCCUGUUUUGCUGAAGAAGGCCAUGGCCAUCUCAGACCAUGACCCUCUUUCUGAUGACAGCGAGGGUUCAUUAAGCGAUGGCUUUGACAUAGCCGUCAACCUUACGAGCGCGGUACAGCCAGCGUUGCAACCGGCAACUAUAAGUAUGCAUGCUAGCAGCACGAGUCCAAAUGUGGUAUCUAAGGUGCGUGCUUUGUGUGAGCAGCUUCGUUAUGUGGAUGCUCACGAAUGUUUGUUUGAUGUUGUGUGUUCUUGGCAGACUCAAUGGAGACAACGACGCUCGGUGAAGCGAGAUUGUUCUUUGAUAGACAAUUCUAGCAACUAUUCUGUGAACGGGCGACUGUUGCUUGCGGCACCAUCUACACCGGCCACUACCAGCGAAUCAUCCUCUGAUAGAGUCAUCGAGCUCAAGGACGGCUGUUUUGACUCCAGCGACGACGCUUAUAAAGUCUCCAUGUGGCAUAACAAGUUGUCUUGUAGUGUGUCGUCCUCGCUGCCUGAAACGACAACGACCGUGUCUUCAUCGCUCAAUGACCCGUCAAGUGUACCCAUAAGCUUUCAGUCCCGACUUGCGAGGAAGCGAAGAAAAGUCGGUCAGUUAACGCUGGACGGAUUUCUUCGGCCGAAAAAGGAUUGA